AUGUACACCCCCACCUUCGGCAUGGGCCCCCCAUCCACCAUCCCCCGUCCCCCGUCCCAGCAGCAGCAGCAGCCCAACCACCCACAGCACCACACCCCCGACCACAUCCACAUCCAUCCCCACCAUCCACAGCGGCCACAGUCCCAGCCACAGACGCCCCAUCACCAGCAUCCACACCCGCCACAGGUCCCCGGCAGACCUCCCUCCCAGGCAGGGCCCUCCCAUACCCCCCGUUCCCUCCAGCCUCCAUUACCCCCAGUCGGACUAACGGCGGUGGGCAGAAUCCCCCAGGGACAGCAGCCGCCCCACCUCGCUCCACGCCCGCCAACAGCGGGGUCCAAUGCUCCAGCGGCAGGCCCUGGAGCAGGUCCCGCGCAUCCACCCGCAGGACCGGAUCCUCCUUCCACUUCUGCAGCAUCAUCGAUCCCACGUCCGCCUCAGAUGCUCAACGGGAUGGGUGUCGGAUCUGGCGCAGGAUUGACGAGGCUACUGCAGUUCAGCGGCGUGCUAUCCGCCGAGAGCAAUAAAACGCAGAAACUGCAGUGGGCCUGGUGGAACGAGCUCGUCAAAGAGUACUUUACGCCAAAAGCCGUCAUGAAACUGACGCUAUGGAAGGACAACCAGCGGAACGAGGCAAAGCCUUUCGAAAUCGGCAUCCCGAUCCUACCAAGAUUUUUCCUCGUCACAACACAAUCGGGCGUGAAAUCGAUGACACUAUCACUCGACGGCGCCAGAGAACGGACAUUCGGGCAGGGCCACAGCGUCGUCGAGUGUGUUGCCGCUGUGUGGACGUACAAAUACACCAACGGAUACACCGUCACCCUCCGCGGGCCGCUCACCGCGCACGUCAUCGUCGCCGCCACCCAGCCCCCGCCGUCAAGUACAUCCGGCCCAUCCACCUCCUCCAACACCCAACAGCCCGCAUAUACGCUCAAGUUCGAGGAGUUUCAGUUCGAUGCCAACUUCCAUGACAAGUGCAUCGCGCUCGACGCUAUCCAGGGCAACCGCACCAUCGAGCCGCCAAAGGGCCCCAUGACCCCGCCUAGCCCACUGCCCCCAGGCGCGUCGCAGGCUGAUUGGGACAGGAGAUGGGAGGAGACGAGAAGGUGGGAAGAACCGAGGAUGACGAUUGAGCAUGCGAGCUUGCCAGGCGAGCCGGUGAAUGCGUUUGGAAUACCGCAGGCAACGAUGAGGUGCCUUGAGCUCGCGGAGAGCGUCAGCGCGAUGGCGGAGCUGAUUGGGUUUGCGAGGGAAACGGAUCUUGGACCGCUAGAUGCAUUGAAGAACUUUGCACAGCGGAUACGAGAAUCCCAACACGGCCUCCAACCUCACUUGCAACACCAACAACCUGGUCAACCGCCGCAACCAAACCACCAGCAGCAGCAGCACCUCGUCAACGGCGCACUGACGCCCUUCCAGUCAUAUCCACACACACCCUCGACGCUCUACUCGAGCGCCUCGCCUUCCAUUACCCACCCCGCACCGCCCGGCCCGCCCUCGUCUAUGAACUCGCCACAGAACACGUCCUCGUCGUCGACGAACAGCCCCGAGAAGCACCCGAAGAGCAUCCCAGGCCAGCAGCAGCAGGGCCCGCCAGGGUCAGGCCCAGGUCCGGCCCCAGGGCAGAUGCAGAGCCACCUCCAGCAGCACCUCCAGCAGCAGCUGCAAGCACAGAUGCAGAUCCCGCCUCCACCCCCGCCGGGCCAAGGGCAAGGGCCGUCGUCGUCGCGAGGACCGACGCCAUUACAUACGCCGCUACAGAACCCGAUGCAAAACCCGAUGCAGCAGCAGGCGCCGACGCCUGGUGGGCCCGGGGCGGGAGGUCAGGGUGGACCAGGACAGGGCGGGGUGUCGUCCCCUGCGGUGUCGUCGGGCGGGACGCACAAUACGCCGGCGAUGUCGAAUGCGUCGUUGAAGCGGAAGCAGGUGGGCGGAGACGCGGCGUCGCCGACGAUGGGUCCUGGUGGGGCCGAUGGCCAGGGAGGCCAGGGUGCGGCGGGGCAGCCGGCAAAGGGUGCCGCGAGGCAACCGAGGAAGAGGGGACGGACGGGAACGACGGGCGCCGGAUGA